AUGAGAUCCGACCCGAGCACCAGAAAGUCAAAUGCCCUCUGCGAAUUCCACCAGGAGCGGGGUCAUAAAACCGAGGAUUGUAUCGCCCUAAGACUGGAGGUUGUGAACAUGCUUCACCAAGGGCACUUGAAAGAGCUGAUGAGCGAUCGUGGAAGGGCCAACUUUGCCCGAGGGCGGGAACAACACCAGGGACCGCCCAAAUCGCCUUCUCCAGCUCGGACCAUUCAAAUGAUCAUCGGAGGAGGCGAUGAUGCAUCUAUCAACAGCGUGAAGUUCGCCACCACCCACAAACUCAAACGGUCCAUCACCCACGAACGGCAUGAUGAACUCGAAGAAAUUAUCAUCUUCGAUAAGUCAGAUACCCACGGUUUGGUCCUUCCUCACUAUGCGCUCUUGUCAUUACUUUACGUGUCUUUGAUACUGAUGUAA